AUGAGAGCCUGUCUGGCUCUUAAUUAUGUUCCUAGGGGAUGGAGGGAAGUGAAAGUCACAUUCAUACCAAAACCAGAUAAAAGCGACUACACAGACCCUAAAUCCUACAGGCCCAUUAGCCUCAUAUCCUUUCUCCUAAAGACAAUGGAGAGGAUGUGUGAAAGGGAAUUAAGGGGGUCGGCGCUAAUGAACUUACCACUACACGACAAGCAACACGCCUACAGUCUAGGCAAAUCAACAGAAUCGGCACUUCACCAGGUAAUAACAAAGAUUGAAGAGGCCAUCCAAAACAAAGAAAUAUGUCUAGGUUCCUUCAUUGAUAUAGAAAGUGCUUUUGAUAGAACGAACUUCACCAGCAUAAAAUGUGCACUCAGUAGACAUAAAGUUGAACCGGCACUGAUUGACUGGAUAGAAAACAUGCUCAGUACACGAAUAAUAAAUAUCUCAACCAAUCCAAAAUAA